UCGGCUCGAAUUGUUGGUGGUUCAGAGGCGGUGGAAGGGGCGUGGCCGUGGCAAGUCAGUCUGCGAUACCUGGGCAGCCAUGUCUGUGGAGGGUCCCUGAUCAGUCGCACGUCAGUUCUCACUGCUGCUCACUGCUUUCAGUACUCGAUGACUCCCGCUGACUACCAAGUGGCUCUCGGCUCCUAUAAACUGUCUCUGCAUAACGCAAAUGUAGUUGUCUCCAAGGUGCAAAGGAUCCUUAUUAAUUCCACAUACCAAUCUUCUUCUUCCGGGGGUGACAUCGCUCUGCUGAGACUCUCCAACCCCAUCACCUUCACUAACUUUAUCCAACCCAUCUGCCUGCCCUCAGCCUCCAUCACCUUCUACUCCAACAUGGAAUGCUGGGUAACCGGAUGGGGCAAUAUCGCCUCUGGAGUUGACCUACCAGCCCCAAAGACCCUCCAGCAAGUGAUGACCCCGCUGAUUAGCAGAAACAUCUGUGACCAGUGGUACCGUGAAUAUACAGGAUUCAGCUCCAGCAAGUCUAUAAUUGCAUCUGAUCAGAUCUGUGCUGGGUAUAUCAAUGGUCAGAAAGACUCAUGCCAGGGUGACUCUGGAGGACCUCUGGUGUGUAAAAUUUCUGGGACCUGGUACCAGGCGGGAAUUGUCAGCUGGGGCAGCGGAUGUGCGCAGUCAUACCGACCAGGUGUCUACACAUAUGUGCCUCUCUAUAGGGCUUGGAUUGUGGAGAAUGGAGUGCCAGCUCUUCUACCCAGCAUCUACUUAUUUAUUCUCACUGUGAUAAUACUGCUAAGCUAA